AUGGGCCUGGUACUCGACUGCCGACAACCAGAAGGCUUGCUUUCUUGGGACCGCAGCAAACUCGACCACCGAUCACGACCCGACCUCACCAUGGCUGGGAAUAGCGGCGGCUAUCUAGAUUUGCCUUUCCUUCAGCCCGGCCGUCAUGCCUCGACUUUCCAAUAUCUCGGCGGCGGUGAACUGCCACUGACGGCUGAGGAUCCGCAGCAGUCACCGCAGCAGCAGCAUCCCCAUCAACAACAGCAACAGCAACAUUACAAGUUCCAGGGCGAUCCGCAGCGACAACUGACCCUAAGACAAGCGCCAAUGCACGCUCGAGUGGCUAUUGGCAAAGAAAAGGACCGCAAGCCGAUCGAUCCGCCUCCCAUCGUGCAGUUGUUGGACAAACGACAUGAUGGCAAGAGCGGACUAUACGACAGCCCCUACCUUUUCAUGACAUCCACGCUGGUUUCGGAAACGUAUGGCGAGUCGUCCAACGACCAGGAUGUGCCGUCAAACUACCUCGUCGGGUCUCUGGCCUCGUCAGUCCACAGACUACGGGACACAGACAACAUCGAGGGCGGUUUCUUCGUCUUCGGGGACCUUUCCGUCAAGCGAGAAGGGAGAUUUCGAUUGCUGUUCACACUGUACGAACGCGACCACCACAGCUCGAUGCCCAGUUUCAACUACGUAUCAGAACUCGUGACCAACGUCUUCACGGUGUAUCCUACAAAGCUCUUUCCCGGAAUGGCAGACUCAACGCCCCUGACGAGGACGUUCAGCGACCAGGGCGUCAAGGUCCGACUUCGCAAGGACUCGAGUGGCAUGGCAGCGAGAAAGCGGAACAGGAGCGCCACUGAAGCCACUGAUAGCUACCUCGAGAGGCAGCCGAAACGCUCCUCAUACGAUCGAGAACUGCCAUUGAGCAGCAGCAACUACUCGCUGUCUACCGACUUGGGCCACAUGGACCCGUUGGGUGGGAGCCACGGUGUGGCUAGCUCGGCGCCGUCAAGCGACUUCAUAAACGCGCCGGACGCAUUAUCGACGACAAGAAGCACGGGCCUGGACUUGCAGCUAUCGACAAGUGGCUACUACUUUACCGGGCCGCAGUACUAUUGA